UUGUCGAUUUGUUUUUCUCGUUGCGAAGAUUUGAGAGGUGAAAUCAGGGGACCGAAAGUGGUUUUCAUCGUUAGCACUCAAAAUCUCGUCCUGCAACAGAGAACACGCUUCGAGGAGUACCUGACGGACUACAGCAUCUGUGAUAUCUCCGGAAGCAACUCCACGGAAAUUCCCUUGGAUUUCCUGCUGAAAACUCAUGAUGUUGUCAUCCUAACGGCACAGAUCCUGCUGAACGCCUUGGUGAAGAACAACCUCGAAAUAUCUCACAUUACGUUGCUCAUCUUUGACGAAUGUCACCACACCAACAAGGACCAUGCGUAUAAUAAAAUCAUGCAGAACUACAUGGCAAUAAAGUACUUGGUGGCAACGGAAGAUCGUAAGCUACCACAGAUAUUAGGCCUGACUGCCUCUCUCGGAGUAGGAAAAUCAACCGAGUCAGGCAAGGCAAAAAACCACAUUCUAAAGAUUUGCGCCAACAUGGACGCUGCCUGUGUGAGUACUGUAAACGAGAACACCGAAGAACUGGAAAAGAAUGUGACUGGAGGGGUUCCAAAGAGAAGGAUGGAACAAGUGGACCAAGUUGCUAAUACAUUUGAGAAAGUCAUUACUCAGAUAAUGGGGAAAAUUGAAAAGGCCGCAGAGAGAUACUACGACUCCUCUAACGGAGUGCCUGCAGACCGAGUGGGUCAGCAGUAUCGUCAGUGGGUUGAAGGUCUCUACAAAGAUGCAAUUGGUAGAGGGAACCGUGACCUUGUCACGUAUGCUCAACAGCUGAGAAGGUAUCACGUUUCGCUCAUUAUCAACGACACAGUUCGUAUAAAGGACGCCAUGAAGUACCUGGACGAGUUUUUUGACAGUAUGGAUGAAACCAAAUUUCAAGAAACAGACCGCAAAUUACGAGAGUUGUUUCAGAAGGCCAAAAAGGCGAUCGAGUCGCGCCUGGACAAAGAGCCCAUCAACCCUAAACUACAGAAACUUAAGGAUCUCAUUCUGAAAUUCCACGAAGAAGAUAAAGAGAAAGGAAGGAAGGGAGAGACGAAAGGAAUUCUGUUCACCCGCACAAGAGACUCUACUGUCGGGAUACUGGGGUGGAUUAGUGAUACUAAAGAACUCAAAGAAAUUCUGAAACCAAAACCUUUAGUUGGUGCUGGAGAUGGAGAAGUGGGCAUGACACAAGGAGAGCAGGAAGCAAUUAUCGAAGAGUUCAAAAAAGGAGAAGUCAACAUCCUCAUUGCAACGACGGUGGCCGAGGAGGGCCUAGACAUUGGUGACUGUAACUUCGUGAUUCGUUACAACAUGGCGGGAAACGAGAUUUCCAGCGUACAGUCACGUGGUCGUAUCAGGGCAGACGAGGGGAAUUAUGUGUACUUGGGUGAUAAAAGAUCAAGAGGUGUUCAUCGCGAACAACUCAACCAGUACCGAGAAAUCUUGAUGGCGUCCGCGGUGUCUGAUGUACAGCAGAUGUCCCGUGACGAGUACAAAAAAAAGAUCGAGAGCAUCCAGAAAAAAGAUGUCCAGAAUAUCAAAAUGAAGAGUAUCCUAAGUGCAAAGAAGAAAAGAGGUGACCUUCAGUGCGACGAUGUGACAUUCUUCUGCAGAAGGUGCAACAAGAUGGCGUGCCAGUUGAACCAGUUUCGCCGGCUCAAAGACACCUUCCAUGUCAUUUUGGACAAGACGUUUGUCGAUGAAAAAGUCCAGUUAAAACCGAGGAAAAGAUCCAAAAAAAUUGAUGACAUACUGAUUGAAAAUAAGGUGCAUUGCAAGGAAUGUGACGAAGACUGGGGUACAACAGUGAAGAUCGAUGGCUGUACAUGGCCAUGUCUGAAGAUCACUGCAUUCGCUGUUGAAUACCCACAAAGUAAAAGAAACAUGUACAAAAAGUGGAGCGAAUUCCCGAUAGAGAUCCCGGAAGCUCAGCUCUCGGAACUUCUGCAAAACGACGAAAGCCUGGAUCUAGACCUGGAUGACAUGAAUUUCGAUUUCGAAUGAAUUUCGAUUUCGGUUGAGCGUAACAGAAUUUUGGCUUCAAAAAUAAUUUCAAUGCAUGGAUUUAAGUUUUUCACGUGGCAGCUACGUUCAUUGGCAUAAGUAUUGAAACUUCUAUUUAUGCCAGGUUCUAAUCUUCCCGGCAUAGAUGCCUAUGAGUACGCUAAACAGACCGCACAAAAUCUAGUGUUCCAAGCAACUGUGGCUAGCUGUCGCGUAAAUAAGGUCCGUUGCUAACCCCACCAAGCAUUUAUUUUGUAGUUUAAAACUAGUGGUAUUAGAGAUAAAUUGUAUAUAAAUAUUGCACAUAAUCAUCUUAUUUUUGCAACCGUGAAAGCCAUGCACUAAUUAAGCUGGAAUGGAAGGGCUUCCUGUACGUGCCACAAAUCAUGCAUGUACAUAAGGUCACCUAAUAAUGAAACUACUCUGUGUAUCAGAAAACUAAAACAGACUCUACUUCUCGUAUGUGUAAUAAUGCUGAAAACUCUUCCAUAAAUCGAUUAUGUACUGGAUAAUGCACAUCCACUCAAGGUGCUUUGUAUGUCAUUUAGUUGGUAAAUCAAAUGUUAAUUUAGAGCUUCUUUCUACUUGGCUGACAUAAAGGAAUUUGAGAGCGUCUUUCUAUA